AUGGAAAGUGCAAAUGGGGAGACACAGCGUUCUUGUAGGCGCCAGUGGAGGAAGAGCGCUCAGCGUUUUUCACGCAGGCUAUUCUGCUGCUCGUGUUUGUGCGGUGAGAAGGAUCCUCUGCAGGAGCAGGAAAAGGAGAUUAAUGGGGGCCCUCUGCAUCCACACUUGGAUCAACUGGGAUCAGGUGAGAAGGAGGCUAUCCAGAUUACAGUGGAAGAUCUGGGGAUAGUUAACACUGGCUUCAGCCUGUUUGAUGAGGACCCCUUGAUCCCGAGGAACAGCGUGGCUCGCUCAGCCAGCUCUGUGUCGGCCUGCCCAAGGGCUCUGAAAAAGAAACGAUUGAAGCCUCUGUCUUCACUCCCAAUACAGCCCCGGGCAGAACCAGCAAUCACUCCUAGCAAUGGAGAGGAUGAUGAACAAGAGGAGGAAGACCUGUUGCUCUAUGAGAGCGGCACUGAUAGCACGCCUGCAUCUGGAAGCCUCCUGACGCCACCUGUCAUCAAUCUGAUCCCACCCACUCCCUCUGAUGUUGUGGAUGAUUAUCAAUUCUUUGAAAUAAACUCAGAGGAAAGUGUGGCGCACACAUCUGGCAGCGACGGAAGCUUGGCUGCUGAUGACCAGGAGAGUUUUGACGAAAAAAUGGAGAGUGUGAAGGCAGAGGAGUCGAAGGAGGGAUGCAUACUGGAUGAGAGGAAAGACAAUGCUGAGAGUGAAGCUGAACCGGAAGAAGGCCAAAGUGAUGAACUUGGAGAGCAAGGUCAGGCCAUGCUAGUUAAAAAGGGGGAUACAGAGAAAACACAGUCUGGGCUCUCCUGUAGCAGCUACCAGGUGGCUUGUCUCCCUGAGUACCCUCAGAAAAACAUAGCCUCAGUAGAUGUGAACACUCUGGACAUCCUCCAUAUCAGCACACCAGAAGACAGGGAGCAGCUGCUGUCAGCCAUCUACAACGAGCUUCACCCACCGAGCACCACCACUCAGAGAAUUGACUCUUUGCUUGAAUCCUUAGGGCCUAAUAAUGUGGAGACAUUCACUGCAACACUGGUGUCAAUGACCAAGUCCAAGUCCUCGCCUCAUGUGAGCUGCCUGAGUAUGAAUCGGCGUUCCCUCAGAAACAACAGCCAAAGCCACAUGGCACAGAGGAAUUCUCAGCUGAUAGAGAUUACUAUUAAUGCAUCAGAGCGUAUAGUCCAUCUCAGAACGCCAAAGGAAACAACAGUUGGAAAAAUCAUGGAAUCGUGUGUUAAAAUGCUGGGAGUGACAGAAGAUAAGAGCGUGUUCACCAUGAAAGAAAAGCAAGGCUCACCUGAGGAGCUCUCACCAGAUCGACUGAUUGGGACUUUACUGACGUCAUCCUCAGAGAACAGACAGCUGGAGCUGUACUUGUGUAAAACGGUCCAGGAGCUCCAUCAUGGCCUGGUUGCGUUUUGCUCCGAGUUAAAGAACAUGGACGGAGACGUGAAGGUGGACAGGCUCGGGUCUGCUGAGCUGAAGCAGAAGCUGGAGUUGGUUCACAGCCAACUGAACGACAAAAGGCAGAACCUGCAGGCCCUCAGAGACAACAUUAACAACUUCACUGCUCACAAGAAGAAACAACUGGAGAUUCGCCUCCUGGAAAAGAUGAAGCUGAACUGCCAAGUGUUCAAGGAGGAAAUUUCCAUCGUACAUCUCAACCGACAGGCGGCUCACCUCCAAAACGCUUUGCAAGAAAGCUACAUUAAGGAAAAAGCUCAAAAAAAGACUUUGGCCAUUGGUAGCCUGAGCCAGCUGGUGUCACCACAGUCUCCAGCCAUGCUGCUGGUUGUACAGGAGAACCAAAGCCCUGAUGGCCAUUAUGGAUUCAUGUGUCGCUACAGGGAAGAAGGCGGGCUAGUGGUAGUCAAGGUGGACAACUCUAACCUCCAUGUGGAUGACAGAUUGGUGGAGGUGAACGGCGUACCGGUAGUCAACUCCACGCAGGAAGAGCUGACUGACCUCCUGCAGCAGGGAGCCAGCGCUCAAAUUGUAGUCCUUCGCCAGCCUCCGCCCGGCCUCGCCUCCCCUCUGUCCCUGCAGCACAUGGUCAGCCCUGAUCCCGUGCAAACAAUCUGCCCAGAGAGAAAUGUAGUCGCCAUGGAAACCCCUCCACAACGUAAGGUGAUGGCCAUCUGAUGAUUAUGAAGAAGAGAGAAAAGACAGAGAAAAAUGAGUCUGUUAUCUUUUUUUAUCUCCCUAUGUGAACAUUUUUAUUGUACUGGUGAAAUGUUGGUCAUAGACUGUUGACAAUUGCCUUGUAGUUGUUAAAUCAAAAAUAGCAAGAAUGGCUAUGUUUUUCAUCAUAUGUACAUAACUUUAUUCUUUGUAGUCAAUUAUGU